AUGGCCAACUGGAGGAACGAGUACUUCGCAGCUUUGGCGGCUCGCGAUCGGCGUGAAAAGGCAAAUUUGGCCCUCUAUGAUGCUUAUACCCAGCUGGCCGACCGGACAGGACGGUUAGCGAGGGCGGGGUCUCAGCGCGAGCAGAGCCUCACAGUGCCUGCUAACCUGCGCACACCAUCUCCUGCGUUAGGCAAACAAUCUGUAGGAUCAUCUGUGCACGAGGUCCUCUUGGCUACCCGAGCAGAUCUGUCCGAAGCCCAACGCGCCCGUUCUGAGCUGCAGGAUCGGCUUACCCGGGUGAGCGCCGAGUUGGAGAAGCUGCGAAAAAGAGGUACACAGGAAGGACGACGCAUCCAUGCCUUAGAGAAUGAAGUAACGCACCUACAGAUGCGUGUAAAGGACAGAGAUGAAGAAUUGAGAGGGAAGGCCAAACUACUGGAGGCAUGCCACUACUGCUCUGACUUUCAAGAUGAGCUUGCGACCCUGAACUUGCAGCUCAACAUGGCCGAGGAGCGCUCUGGUAAGCUACAACGUGAGAACCAGGAGCUGAUCGAUCGCUGGAUGGCCAGAAUGGGCAAAGAAGCGGAAGCGAUGAAUGAUGCUUCUAGAUUUUCCUGA